AUGGGGAAUGAGGAUAGGUGUCUUCAACAUGUUGACCUCAGUGUUGUGAGAGAGGGGCCCCAACUCUCCUAUAAUCAAAGGAAGAACCUCAUAGCACCUAUCCAAGAGAAGGAAAUCUAUGAAGCUCUUCAUGAUGUAGGGGACUCAAAAGCUCCAGGGGUGGAUGGCUACAGUGCUAAACUCUUCAAGACUUGUUGGAACAUUGUGAAGCAAGAUCUUGUGAAAGCUAUCUGCUACUGGUUCAAACAUAACACUAUGUAUAAGGCUUUCAAUGGCACCUUAGUCACCCUCCAUCCCAAAAGUGCAGAUGCCAAAUACCUAAAAGACUAA